CGAGGCGGUGCGGAACCGGCGUUGUCUACUGAGCUUUUCCAGGACUGAGCAGACAUGGCGGCGGCUUUUCGGAAAGCGGCUAAGUCGCGGCAGCGGGAACACCGAGAGCGAAGCCAGCCCAGCUUUCGAAAACAUCUGGGCCUGCUGGAGAAAAAGAAAGAUUACAAACUUCGUGCAGAUGACUACCGGAAAAAGCAAAAAUACCUUAGAGCUCUCCGGAAGAAGGCUCUUGAAAAAAAUCCAGAUGAAUUCUACUAUAAAAUGACUCGGGUUAAACUCCAGGAUGGAGUUCAUGUUAUUAAGGAGACUAAGGAAGAAGUAACUCCAGAACAGCUGAAACUGAUGAGAACUCAGGAUGUCAAAUAUAUAGAAAUGAAAAGGGUUGCAGAAGCUAAGAAAAUUGAAAGACUGAAAUCAGAGCUCCAUCUGCUGGAUUUCCAGGGGAAGCAACAGAAGAAGCAUGUGUUUUUUUUUGACACCAAAAAGGAAGUCGAACAGUUUGAUAUUGCAACUCACCUGCGAACAGCCCCAGAACUAGUCGACAGAGUCUUUAACAGACCUACGAUAGAGACCUUGCAGAAGGAGAAAGUGAAAGGAGUUAACAAUCAGACUCGACUUAAGCAAAUAGCGAAAGAGAGGCAAAAGCAGUAUAACUGCCUGACGCAGCGGAUUGAGCGCGAGAAGAAAUUGUUUGUUAUUGCACAGAAAAUUCAAACUCGCAAAGAUCUUCUGGAUAAAACUCGGAAGGUGAAGGUGAAGAAAGAAACAGUCAAUUCCCCAGCUAUUUACAAAUUUGAGAGUCGUCGAAAACGUUGAAGUGUUAUAGAUAAGCCUGUCAUUCCACGUGGACGAGUUUAUGUUUUUUUUUCCAGUAACUUCAGAUUCCAGUGGUCUAAGUGACUUGGUUUUCCUGUUUAUAACCGUAAUUUAUUAUAGAUCUGACAUUUGAUGUGAACAGUGUUAAAGCCCCUUCCCCCGUCUAAAUUGUUUGUGGGUUGUUGAAUUGUUGAAAUCAGUCUUUUUUUUGGCCGCUGCACGGAGCCUGCAGGAUCUCAGGUCCCCAACCAGGGAUCAAACCCAGGCCCAAGGCGGUGAAAGCGCCAAGUCCCAGUCACUGGGCCACCAAGGAAUUCCCUGAAAUCAGUCUUAUUUUUAUAUACUUUCACUUUUUUUCAUGAUAAAAGUUACAUAAUCUUUUUUAUAGCAAAUUUGGAAAACAAGUGAGUUCAUCUCUAAUCCCAGUACUUAUUCGAGAACGACAGAUAACUGUUGCAUACUUAACUAUGCUAGGAGGUUAGGGAAAUGGAGGUGAACGACUAUCAAGAGCAUUCUGGUUGAUUUCCUCCAUUUUGUAGAGGUUGGCACUGGUUUUUGUGUUUUGUAGUUGUAAUUAAACACCUUUAUGGCCUACUUUUUUCACUUACUAUUAAAUCAUUAGCUCUUUUCCAUUUUGUUACAUCAUUAAAUUUUUAAAAGUAAUACAUGCUCAUAGUAAAAAUUAAAGUAAGUAUUUCUAAUGUUUGCAUAAUGUUUUAACCAGUGGAUAGACUGAUUUUACCCUCAUUCAUUCUUAAUUUAUUGGAUAUUCACGUGGCUGCAUAAGUUAGCCAGGAAGGACUUUUUUUCUUUUACACUUUACAGCUGCAGAUAGAAACCCUUGGAAUUAGGAACUCACAGGGGCACCUCUUCGUUAUUGAUGAAGCUCAGAUCAGGACAGACCUGGCUCUCUGUUCCUUCCCUCCUGGCCAGCUCUUGAUUCCAAGGCUAUAAAUGGCUUGGUACAGGCCUUCACCCUGGAAAUAGAUACCCCAGCGUGUGUGCGGCAGACACAUAGACCUCCCAGGGUCUCACCCUUCCCUUCCCUGCCCACAUAGGGAUGGUAGGCCGAGGCCAGUCAGGACAGGGCUGAGCGUGCUUAGAGCAGAUGUGGGAGGAGCAGGAUUCUGGGAGGCUUGCUUACACCUCACCCCCUGGAGGGGGAAGAGCAACACCCUUCUGCGGGUAUUUAAAAAGAAAAAUUAUUAAAACUUAAUAAAUUCCUAUGACUA